GCCUUCUCUUUACCGGGGACCCGGCGUGAGAGCCAGAGGGACCCGUGGGACCCGCUGUGCCUCGGGCUCCGCGGAAAAGAGCUUUGGGCACCGAGAGGCCUGGCCCCGGGGAAGGCCAGAGGGCGAGCGGCGCGCGGCUGCUCCGGACCCGGUUGGGGUCAGAGAGAUGAUGCAGGAGUGGCAGGCCACUGUGUCCCCCAAUUUGGAUCCUGGCUUCCCUCAAAAGACUCUUAAGGCUAAUGUUUGAUAACCCUGUGGAGAAGCCAACACUACAUGUAAAUAAGAUAUGCAGAUUUUUUUUUAAAAGGGUGCUAGUUUUGAACUGACUUUUUUUCAGUCACAUUUGUAUAUAUGGAUCUUCUUCACCCAAAUGAUGACUUUAAGUAUAUCCCUGGAGCGUUCGGAUAAUGUGACAGUUGCGAUGCAGUGAUGUCGACUCUCUGUCCACCACCAUCGCCAGCUGUUGCCAAGACAGAGAUUGCUUUAAGCGGUGAAUCCCCUUUAUUAGCAGCCACUUUUGCCUACUGGGACAACAUUCUUGGUCCUCGAGUAAGACACAUUUGGGCUCCAAAGACAGACCAGGUACUUCUCAGCGAUGGAGAAAUAACUUUUCUUGCCAACCACACCCUAAAUGGAGAAAUUCUUCGAAAUGCAGAGAGUGGGGCGAUAGAUGUGAAGUUCUUUGUGUUGUCUGAAAAGGGAGUAAUUAUUGUUUCAUUAAUCUUCGACGGAAACUGGAAUGGGGAUAGGAGCACAUACGGACUAUCAAUUAUACUUCCGCAGACAGAACUUAGCUUCUACCUCCCACUUCACAGACUGUGUGUUGAUAGAUUAACACACAUUAUCCGGAAAGGAAGGAUAUGGAUGCAUAAGGAAAGGCAAGAACAUGUCCAGAAGAUAGUCUUAGAAGGCACAGAGAGAAUGGAAGAUCAGGGUCAGAGUAUUAUUCCAAUGCUUACUGGAGAAGUAAUUCCUGUAAUGGAACUGCUUUCAUCUAUGAAAUCACACAGUGUUCCUGAAGAAAUAGAUAUAGCUGAUACAAUUCUCAAUGAUGAUGAUAUUGGUGACAGUUGUCAUGAAGGCUUUCUUCUCAAUGCCAUUAGCUCACACUUGCAAACCUGUGGCUGUUCUGUCGUGGUAGGGAGCAGUGCAGAGAAAGUAAAUAAGAUUGUGAGAACAUUAUGCCUUUUUCUGACUCCGCCAGAGAGAAAAUGCUCCAGGUUAUGUGAACCAGAAUCAACAUUUAAAUACGAGUCAGGGCUCUUUGUCCAAGGCCUGCUAAAGGAUUCAACUGGAAGCUUUGUGCUACCCUUCCGGCAAGUUAUGUAUGCCCCCUAUCCCACCACACACAUAGAUGUGGACGUCAAUACCGUCAAGCAAAUGCCACCCUGCCACGAACAUAUUUAUAAUCAGCGUAGAUACAUGAGGUCAGAGCUGUCAGCAUUCUGGAGAGCCACUUCAGAAGAAGACAUGGCUCAGGAUACUAUCAUCUACACAGACGAAAGCUUCACUCCUGACUUGAAUGUUUUUCAAGAUGUCUUACACAGAGACACGCUAGUAAAAGCCUUCCUAGAUCAGAUCUUUCAUUUGAAACCCGGUUUAUCUCUCAGGAGUACUUUCCUUGCACAAUUUCUACUCGUCCUUCACAGAAAAGCCUUGACGCUAAUAAAAUAUAUAGAAGAUGAUACGCAGAAAGGGAAAAAGCUCUUUAAAUCUCUUCGGAACCUGAAGAUAGAUCUUGAUUUAACAGCAGAGGGCGAUCUUAACAUAAUAAUGGCUCUAGCUGAGAAAAUUAAACCAGGCCUACACUCCUUUAUCUUUGGAAGACCUUUCUACACUAGUGUACAGGAACGAGAUGUCCUAAUGACUUUUUAAACGUGUAACUUGUUAAGUAUUUUCGUUAUAAUCCCAAUUGCUGCUAUAAUAGCUCAGUGGUGUGGAACACAUCAAUCCCUUGGGUCAUACCCCAGAGUCCUACUCAGCAAUGGCAGUUAAACUUAGUUACACUACAGUUGUCACAAGAAGUCUGCAAGGGGAUAUCAGGUAUGUUGUCAACAAUGGAUGCAUCUUGUCCUAGAUGUGCUGUCUUGGGAUACAGACUUAUGUUUACAAUGAUAAUAAAUGUUAUUGCUAUCUUUUAAAGAUAUAAUGAUAGGAUAUAUGCUUGAUCACGACUACCGUGUUUUUAAACUUGGGAUUCAUGGUUUACUUGUAUCAAAGUGAAAUCUGACUUAGCUUUCACAUAUGUAAUACCAGCUGACUUUUCAUCUUUUGGCAUUUUUUGGUUUAUGGAAUUACUGUAAUACUGUUGUAAUCGGCUGAAAAUUAGAGCAUUUAAAUCAUUUUAGUUCCAUAGACAGAAAGGUAACUUGAACCUAAGGGUAAAUUUUAGAAAGAAAUUACUGAUCAAGCAGAUGUUUGAUUGAAAUUAUUAGAUCUACUUUGUAUGUAGACUUAGUCCUUCAGAUUCAGUCUGUGUAAAAAUGUCAAGCAGUGUGUAUUGUCCUGAUUAUGAUAAACUACAAUCAGGGUGGUGGUUGUCUGUUUUUUGUCUGUUAAGCUCUGUCAGAAAAUAUAACAGAUUGGAUUUUAUGUUUUAGUAGCAGUCAUCAACUUUUAAAAGUAGUUUUCAUUAUUUUUGAGCCAAAUGAAAAUGUGUACCUUUGUGCCUUUUUUUUCCUUGGAAAAUAUAAAUACUUGGAAGAAGUUCAGAUUUCAUAGUCAGUCAUUUGCAUCGUUUUCCUCUUGUAUAGUCUUACCCUGACUUGGCAAUCACUGUAUUAAUAACUUCGAGAUUAUUAAAUGCAAUAGAGAAUGUACGACUAGUAAUAUCUGUUUUCAGGAAUAGAGAAUAGUAUCUUGUUUUCUAUUUAUAUCUCUGUGCAUAUUUUUGAAGUUGUUGCCGUGUCUCUGCCUGCAUCAUAUGACAAAUAGCAGGAGAAACUUCACUGACAUGCUGUUUUACUAGGUGCUACUUUAGCAGAACUAAGUGGUCUAUUUCUUUUGUUUCCUUAGUGUGUUUAGACCAUUUUGCCAGCUAUGAAAUAACUGAUUAACGUAAUUCUGUGCUAGAACAUUGUUGACAUAGUAGCAUAUAUAUAAGCAUAAAACUUUUUUUUUAAUU